UUUCAGUAUCAAUACACUCUAAAAGAGGCAGGAUGAGGUCAGUGAAACAUGGAAGACGAAGAACUCGCCGACGCAUUAAUUACAGUAAAAGUUUGGUUGCUGCUAAAAAGAAAGCAGUGAAAAGACGAAAAGCUAUGGAUGGCAUAACGUGUAAACAGAUGCGGAUAGCUUGGGAUAAGAAUGCAACAAUCAAGCAGAAUAUGAAAGCAAUGGGACUUGCUUAUGACUCAAACAAAUUGUUUCCUUUACGUCCAGGCAUUAACAAGCACUGUGAAGAAAUGGAAGUUGACGAACCAAAACUGUACGGUUCGGUUAAAUCCCAGAUGCCAAAAACCAAAUCAAUCAGCGAUGAAGAGAAAAUCGUAAAAGUGAUUGCCGCUUUGGAAAAGGAGGUUGAGGAGGAAGAAGCAAGACAGAAAAAAGGACGCACAUAUCGCUUACUUGCUCGAGAUAUUGAAUUUUGUGUUUACAUGAUCGAGAGGCAUGGCGAUCAUUAUGAGGCAAGGAACCUUCCGAUUGAUACUUCCGUUCUGUUCGAUUAAAACUUCAAAAAUGAGCCACGAUGCAAGGAAUAUUUAUCAGGAUACACCGAAACAAAUACAGCGAAAAAUUCGUAUCUUCAAGCAAAGUCCAGAAUAUUCAAUGUAUCUAAAACUUAUGUCACAGGUCACAUAGAUUGUUGAACUGGGAUUUCUGCCACAGAUUAUCAAAUUGAAUUUAACUUUCUGAAAAUACGCAAAAAGUGGACUUGUGAACACUGUAGCCCGACUAUAUAUCCGUGCUAAUAAAUAUCCGUACUUAAAUGAGUUUUGAUUUAUGUUUUUUAUUUUUUGAAAUUUCUACAAUUUCUUGGCGAGAGUUUCAUUUUCUGCUUAUUGGUGUAUUUAAAAAAUUUUUGUGAGCUCGAAAUAUUGAUAUGAACAAAAGUUUUAUGGUCAAAUACAGUAAACAUUCAAUCCA